AUGGACUACCUGGUGCUGAUGGAUAUUCAUCCAGCAAACGGAACCGAUUGGCCGGAAUUGCCGCUUCAGCCAUGGUAUCGAUAUAAUGUGUGGGUAAGUGGAGCUCUUUGCACAGUGUACGGCCUCGUCUUCUGCGCCGGACUAAUAGGGAAUAUCCUUGUGGCCGUAGUGGUUUUGCGUGGAAGUCGGACUAUGCGCCGAUGCGUCACAAAUUUAUUCCUGGUCAAUUUGGCCUUUGCAGACCUCCUCGUUGUGCUGGCUUGUCUGCCCUUUACGCUCGUGGCUCACCUUAUCUACCCUUGGGUGUUGGGCUCCUUCAUUUGCAAACUGGUGCCCUACCUGCAAGGCGUGAGCGUUUGCGCUUCAGUCUACACGUUAGUUGCCAUUGCUGUUGAGCGUUACUGGUCCAUCUCGUCGCCGUGGAAGAAGCGCUUGAGCUCCAGGUGUUGCCGCAUCAUUAUCGGAUUCAUCUGGAUCGGUUCCGCCAUCAUCACUCUACCGUGGCUCAUCGUCUUUCGGCAGGAUUACGUUUCAGACACGCUGGUCUGCACGGAGAAAUGGCCGGAUCCGUUGAUGGGCGACGCCUAUUACGCUGUGGCGCACUUGACCUUGUGCUACGUCUUGCCGCUCGUCGUCAUCGCCGCUUGUUACGCUUUAAUUUGUCGUCAAAUUUGGUGUCGUCAAAUACCUGGCAGCAGUGAACAAGGUCUCAAUUACCGACAUCGAUGUCAUCAUUAUAAUAAUAGGCGGCGGCACAAUGGCGUGGGAGGCCGUCUCAAAUUGCAUCGAGCCAAAAUCAGGGCCCUGAGGAUGUUGGCCAUCGUCGUUGCCGCUUUCGCGCUGUCCUGGUUCCCGCUCUACGCCACAUUCACGCGCCUCAAGUUCACGAAGGCAAUGAGCGAAGGUGAGGCUGAAUUCUGGGAAAUGCUCAUCCCCGUGGCUCAGUGGCUGAGCAGUGCCAACAGUUGUGUCAAUCCGUUGUUGUACCAUUUUCUGGACCCCAAAUUCCGGUCCGGAUUCAAACAAUUGCUUUGCUCGGACAGCGUUGCCGCGGGCGAGGCGGGUCAAGAUGGGCGUCAACAAAGGCAUCACAAUUACUUGAAUGCCGCAGCCACGGCUACCCCUGAAGCUUUCUGUCCAGCACUGCGUGCCCGUUUCCACAACAUCCAGCCCAGCUCGCAGACGACGGCUCACCAGCAACAAUACGGAAAUGAGUGGGUGUAGUAUAAUACACAAUUU